AUGGAUGAUGGAAGGGAUGAUUCUGUGAACUUAAAAAAAGAAACGGAGUCAAUUUAUGUGGAUCGAGUUUGUGAUUCUAGCAGAGUUGGUAAUGAUAUGACCGUCAUAACUUAUAUGAGCGACACUUAUUCUAAUCUGCAAAAGCUGGGGGAUGAAAAGAUUCAUGAAGAGAGCUACUUCAAUAACAUGAGUGACCAAGAUAAAUGUGACAAAACAUAUGGCGCUCUUCUAAGUUGUUAUGUCAGGGAAGGCCUCGUUGAUAAAUCCCUCGCUCAUGUGCAAAAGAUGAAGGAAAAUGGAUUCUCUCCCAAUAACUGUAGCUAUAGAAUUUGCAGUAACUUGUAUGGGACAGCAUCUGAUAUUGAGAACAUGGAGAAACUUCUAGAAGAAAUGGAGAGUGAACCUUACAUCUCCAUGGAUUGGAGCACUUCCACCAUGGUGGCUAAUUUGUACAUUAAAGCAGGUAUCAAUAUGAAAGCAAUUGUAGCCUUGAAGAAAGCAGAGGAUGAAGAAGAGAAGGUGGCUUCGCUAUUAUAUGAGCUCCGGUUCAAAGAAGUCCGCGUAGGGGAAUUUUUGAAGAGAGCUUAUGUUGAAGUUGCUGAGGGACAGGAGAAGGAGGAUGCGUGGAAGUGGUAUCAUAAGUGGAAGGAGAAGUUUCCUCAUCUUGUGGGCAAGGUGCUCAAAAGGGGAGGGUAUUGCUAUGGGCCGAGACAGAGGAUGGUCAGGGAGUCCGAGUAG